AUGCCGGCUAGUAAUGAGAGCAAGUAUAUAAAAGAAGUAUGGGCGGAAAACCUAGAGGAAGAAAUGGGAGUUCUACGUGACCUGGUAGAACAGUAUCCCUUCCUUGCAAUGGAUACCGAAUUCCCUGGGGUGGUGGCCAGACCGAUUGGAAAUUUUCGAGGAAGCUCGGAUUACCAUUAUCAAACACUUCGGUGCAAUGUGGACCUGUUGAAGAUUAUCCAAUUGGGAAUUACAUUUGCAGACGAAAAUGGAUCAUUUCCUCCGGACACUUGUACAUGGCAGUUUAAUUUUAGGUUCAACUUGGCGGAUGACAUGUACGCACAAGAUUCCAUCGAUCUAUUAACAGAGUCUGGCAUUGACUUUAAAAGGCAUGAAGAUUAUGGCAUAGAUGUUGAUCAUUUCGGGGAAUUAUUAAUCAGUUCAGGCUUCGUUCUGCUGGACGACGUAAAAUGGAUAUCAUUUCAUAGUGGCUACGAUUUUGGUUACCUGCUAAAGGUGCUCACCUGUUCUCCUCUUCCGGCUGAGGAAUCUGAAUUCUUUGAUCUACUAAGGACUUAUUUCCCAUGUAUAUACGACAUAAAAUACCUCAUGAAGAGUUUCAAAAAUUUAAAAGGCGGGUUACAAGAUAUCGCAGACGGUUUACAGGUUACUCGAAUUGGUCCCCAACAUCAAGCUGGUAGUGAUAGCCUUUUAACGGCGACGACUUUCUUUAAGAUGCGUCAGACCUUUUUCAAUGAUAAAAUUGAUGACCAGAAGUAUCUGUACGAUUAUUUAAAUGAUUCAUCUUAUUUUUAA